UUGUUCUCAAAACACUUUUAAUAUAUUUGUGCAGGAUAUCCCAGAAAGUCUUGGUGAGAAAGACUACCUGUUGCUUUUCUGAAAGCUGAGGGAGUCAUUUCCCGACAGAGCACAGGGAGUUGCGACCCCAUGCAUCAGCAGGCAUGAUAAUUACACACCCACUUCACACUAUCAGCCAGUUCUUGGAUGCCCGUCCUCAAGUAUAGACCACAGGGUACCCAAUACCAGUUGUACGGAGACUAUAUGUGAGGUUGGAAGAGUUUAUGCAGUUACAGAAGUUGAAGAAGGGUUGAACGGGCGCAGGAUCCACUCUCUAUAUCUGCAGAAAAAAAGGUUUUGGCAGCAUGGCCAACUCCGGUAUCCAGUUGCUUGGGUUUUUCCUUUCUUUAAUCGGCAUUGUCGGACUGAUAAUCGGAACGAUCCUGCCGCAGUGGAAGAUGUCAGCUUACAUCGGGGACAACAUCAUCACAGCGGUGGCCAUGUACCAGGGACUGUGGAUGUCGUGCGCUUUCCAAAGUACCGGACAGCUCCAAUGUAAAAUCUACGACUCUAUUCUGCAGCUGGACAGUUCGCUUCAGGCCACUCGCGCCUUGAUGAUAGUUGGCAUCAUUGUAUCUAUCGCAGGUCUGGGUGUGGCCUGUAUGGGAAUGAAGUGCACCACCUGUGGGGGAAAUGACAAAUUACGCAAGUCCCGCAUCGCCAUGACAGGAGGCAUCAUCCUGCUAGUAGGAGGAUUGUGUGCUAUUGUGGCAUGUUCCUGGUUUGCUCACAAUGUUAUUAGGGCUUUCUAUAAUCCCUAUACUCCCGUCAACACCAAGUUUGAGUUUGGUGCCGCCAUCUUCAUUGCAUGGGGUGGCUCCCUCCUAGAUGUUUUGGGUGGGGCUAUGUUGGCAUCCUCAUGUCCAAGGAAGAAGCAGGUAUCUAAAUACCCAUCCAUGGCCGGUUCCCGCUCUGGUCCUCCAAGCAGCAAUAAGGAAUAUGUCUGAGAUCUCCCCGGACUGCACAGGACUUUAAAAGAAGCUGAAGAGGAAGCUCCCACUUGUUUGAGCAUCAGAAAGGAAUGAGUAAAACAUAGACAGAGACUAGGAGUACUGGAGUGAGACUCUUUACUUUUUGUCCAGGCAGGCCUUUGAUGACCCCUUGAUUAUCCAGCAGAACUCUCAAUUUUUUAAUGAAGGAUGUCUCUCACCCCUUCCACACAUUCCACAGUUGUUUACAAGUAGUCUUCACAAAUACAUUAUAAUUGGAUCCCCUGCCCUGAUGGAGACGCCCUCAGGGUGUGACCUCUUGAAUAGUAGCAUAAAUGGUGGAAUUGAGCCAACAAUUGCACCCAUGUGUUACAACCAGCAUUUAUUAGCAUUUACUGUGUAAUUGAAAGUGAUCAAUUCCACUUUGGUGAGCAGGCUUCAACUCUCCACAGUAUAACACAGACACAGUAUGGCAUUAUAGUGUUUUAGAUGAAAUGUUGGUACUAAAAUAGAUGAGCAGGGUGUGUCUUCUUGCACAGUUCCCACCACUUUGGGGGAGAGCAUCAUUAAACACUUUUACUACAACAUUUAGAACAGGACCUGCAGGCCUUCAUAUCAUUCUGUAAGGGUUAAAAAAUUAUCAUGAGGUCAUCAUGUCAUUAUACAUGCCCGUUGUGAAUGCCGGCCACUAUGUGAUUAAGCAGCCUAUUUAUUUUGGGAAUACUAGCUCUUUGCUCCUGUGUAGGAUUUCAUGAUCGGUAAUUCCCUUGUCACUUCUGUAGUUUUCAGAUAUGAGGAACUUAUCCUUUUAUUAGGCUCUUUUAUAUACCGAGUGUUCUUUAUAAAUUUCCCUCAUUUAGCAGAAAAGGGUGUCACAGAAACUGUAUGAAGAAAAAAUCUUUGUUUUUAACAAGUCAAUCAGUUCCUAGGAAAUAAAGCUAAUGCAACACCAAAAACUGUGUGAUGGUUUCAGUCACUGCUCAUGCAGAAC